AUGUUGUUGACGGUGAUCGGAAUCUGGCCUAGAGAGGACACGUUCUCGAAUAACAUUAAACUGUACAUUCAAACGGCAAUUGUCUUUUCUCUCAUGUGUUUCCUGUUGAUACCGCAUGUAAUUUACACGUACUUCGACUGCGAAAAUCUGACCAAGUACAUGAAAGUGAUCGCCGCGCAGGUCUUUAGCCUUUUGGCGAUCAUCAAGUUUUGGACGGUGAUUAUCAAUAGAAAAGAAAUACGAUUUUGUUUGAACGAGAUCGAAAUACAAUACAGGGACGUGAAAUGCGAGGAGGAUCGACUGGUAAUGACGAAUUGUGCAAAGAUCGGCCGAUUUUUCACCACCGUGUACUUGGGGCUUAGUUACACCGGUGCUCUCCCCUAUCACAUUAUUCUACCACUGAUAUCGGAGAGAAUCGUGAAAGAGGACAACACCACUCAGAUACCGUUACCUUACCUGAGCGACUAUGUUUUUUUCGUGAUCGAGGACUCGCCGAUCUACGAGAUGACAUACUCUGCAUUGGUUGGAGAAUGCCUUAGCAUCGUAUUUCUGUCGGAGAUGAUCGGCUGUACCAUUAUAAUAUGCUUUCUAGAAUUCGGUGUUAUUAUGGAACUGGAAGAUCAGAAUACGUUGAGCAUGUUAACAUAUUUUGUACUAAUGACAUCGAUCUUCGUAAACGUCUUUAUAAUAUCGUUCAUCGGCGAUCGUCUGAUAGAAGAGGUACUGCUUCAAUUUCAAACAAAUAUUCCUCAAUCAAAUAGCGAAAAAAUAGGAAAAACAUUGUACUUUUUACCAUGGUACGAUUUUCCAGAGGAUGUGGCGAAGAAUGUAAGGACGAUCAUUCUAAGAACCUAUCUACCGUCAAGUUUAUCUGGCGCCAAGAUAUUGAAUCUCUCGCUUCAAGCAUUUUGCGAC